AUGGUGAAAAAAGCAAGUAAUGACUUUGAACUUAUUAAAAAAGCUGCAAGAUUAUUAAAAGGCGAAACAUUAACUAAAGAGCAAAGGAACUUGUAUAGUUUGCAUGAUAAAAAAAAACAUGUAUAUAAACGUUUAAAAAUUUAUGUACAGAACAAAAAUGAUCAGUGGAGUAUUGAUUUGGCUGACUUGAAUGAAUUAUCAGGAUAUAAUAAUCAAUAUCGUUAUAUCCUUGUGUGUGUUGAUGUGGCAACGCGUUAUGCUUUUGUAAAAAUGCUAAAAACAAAAUCAGCCCAUAAUGUUUGUAAUAAAUUUGAAGAAAUGAUUCGCGAGAACGGUGCACCUAAAAAAAUACAAGCGGACGAGGGUACAGAAUUUAAUGAUAUUAGAAAAAAAUUAGCACCAAAAUAUAAUUUUAAAUUAUUUCAUACACAAAAUCGUGAAAUAAAAGCAUCGCAUGCAGAAAGAUUUAUUCAAACCUUAAAGUUGAUGAUUCGUCGCACUUUGACGGUAGUAUCAAGUUAUCGAUUUAUCAAAUAUUUGCCCGCAUUACUUGAACGAUAUAAUGAAGCUCCACACCGCGGUAUUUACAAUGCAAAACCUGUUGAUUUGUACGUGCACAAUAAACGUCCGGCGUUUUUAGCAUUUAAAAUUCUAAAAAAUGUUCUGCACGGUUCACAAAUCACUACAAGUCUCUUGCGUAUAGGUCAAAAAGUUCGUGUGGCCAGAUUGAAAAAUAGCAUUUUUGAAAAAGCUAGUCUGAGACGUUGGGGUCGUGAAAUUUUUGUCAUCGAUAAAGUGAUUAUUUCCGAUCCAGUCACAUACAAACUAAAGGAUAGCAACGACGAGGAGAUUACGGGUAUAUUUUAUCGUGAAGAAUUACAACCGCUAAAAUGA